UCUCUAGGCUGUGGUUGUGCCGACGCUUUCGCUUCUAGCGCUGCGGAGCGGAGCUUCGUCCGAGGUGGUGCUUGCCGGGCGGGAGGGAGGCCGGCGGCGGCCACACAGGCUUUCUGUCUCUGUCACUGCUCGCUGGCAGCAGGCCUGGCCGCUCCCACGCGGAGCGAGCUUCUCCUCAGGGCCAUGUCCAGGCCGAGCAGCGUCUCGCCGCGACCGCCGGCUCCUGGCGGCGGCGGCGGCGGCGGCGGCCCCGCUUCGUGCGGUCCUGGAGGCGGUGGCCGGGCCAAGGGGCUCAAAGACAUUCGCAUCGACGAGGAGGUGAAGAUUGCCGUCAACAUCGCUCUGGAGCGCUUCCGAUAUGGUGACCAGCGAGAAAUGGAAUUUCCUUCUUCUUUGACCAGUACGGAAAGAGCCUUUAUUCACCGACUGAGUCAGUCUCUUGGUUUAGUUUCUAAAAGUAAAGGAAAGGGAGCAAAUAGAUACCUAACUGUGAAGAAGAAAGAUGGAUCAGAAACAGCUCAUGCAAUGAUGACCUGCAAUUUGACUCAUAAUACAAAACAUGCUGUUAGGAGUCUAAUUCAGAGAUUUCCUGUCACCAAUAAAGAACGGACUGAACUUCUUCCUAAAACAGAAAGAGGAAAUGUGUUUGCAGUUGAAGCUGAAAACCGAGAAAUGAGCAAGACAAGUGGGCGACUCAACAAUGGCAUACCUCAAGUUCCUGUGAAGAGGGGAGAAUCGGAAUUUGACUCAUUCAGGCAGUCUCUACCAGUUUUUGAGAAACAAGAAGAGAUUGUUAAAAUAAUUAAGGAAAAUAAGGUGGUUUUGAUUGUAGGAGAAACUGGAUCUGGAAAGACCACACAGAUUCCUCAGUUCCUGUUAGAUGAUUGCUUUAAAAAUGGCAUCCCCUGCCGAAUAUUUUGUACUCAACCAAGACGAUUAGCAGCUAUAGCUGUGGCUGAAAGAGUGGCUGCGGAGAGAAGGGAAAGAAUUGGUCAGACAAUUGGUUAUCAGAUCCGCUUAGAAAGCAGGGUUUCUCCAAAGACACUUCUGACCUUCUGCACUAAUGGGGUAUUGCUUCGUACACUGAUGGCAGGAGAUAGCACGUUGUCAACUGUGACCCAUGUUAUUGUGGAUGAAGUGCACGAAAGGGAUCGAUUCAGUGAUUUUUUACUUACCAAGUUAAGAGAUUUGUUGCAAAAGCAUCCAACUUUGAAACUAAUUCUUUCUAGUGCUGCCUUGGAUGUGAAUCUCUUCAUAAGAUAUUUUGGAAGUUGCCCAGUGAUAUAUAUACAAGGGAGACCAUUUGAAGUAAAAGAAAUGUUUCUGGAAGAUAUUUUAAGAACUACUGGAUAUACCAACAAAGAAAUGUUAAAGUACAAAAAGGAAAAGCAACGAGAGGAGAAACAGCAGACCACACUCACAGAGUGGUACUCAGCUCAAGAGAAUACUUUCAAACCUGAGUCUCAGAGACAGAGAGCUGUUGCAAAUGUGUCUGAAGAGUAUGACCUACUGGACGAUGGAGGCGAUGCGGUCUUCAGCCAGCUGACGGAAAAAGAUGUGAAUUGCCUUGAACCAUGGUUAAUCAAGGAAAUGGAUGCCUGCCUUUCUGACAUAUGGCUGCAUAAAGACGUUGAUGCUUUUGCUCAGGUCUUUCAUCUUAUUUUAACUGAAAAUGUCAGUGUUGAUUAUAGGCAUAGUGAGACCAGUGCAACAGCUCUGAUGGUUGCUGCAGGACGGGGCUUUACGAGCCAAGUAGAACAGUUAAUUAGUAUGGGAGCAAAUGUCCACAGUAAAGCAUCAAAUGGCUGGAUGGCUUUAGAUUGGGCCAAGCACUUUGGCCAGACAGAAAUUGUGGAUCUUCUAGAAUCUUACAGUGCUUCAUUGGAAUUUGGAAAUCUAGAUGAAAGUUCUUUGGUUCAAACAAAUGGAAAUGACCUCAGUGCAGAAGACAGAGAGCUGCUGAAAGCUUACCAUCAUAGUUUUGAUGAUGAAAAAGUAGACUUGGAUCUGAUCAUGCACCUUCUGUACAACAUCUGCCAUAGUUGUGAUGCUGGUGCAAUAUUAAUUUUUCUACCCGGAUAUGACGAAAUUGUUGGUUUGAGGGAUCGGAUCCUGUUUGAUGACAAGCGGUUUGCUGAUAAUACGCAUAGAUAUCAAGUCUUUAUGCUUCACUCAAAUAUGCAGACAUCUGAUCAAAAGAAAGUAUUAAAAAAUCCACCUGCGGGUGUCCGAAAAAUAAUCCUUUCUACCAACAUUGCUGAAACUAGCAUCACUGUCAAUGAUGUUGUCUUUGUUAUUGAUUCUGGUAAGGUGAAAGAGAAAUCCUUUGAUGCACUGAAUUUUGUCACAAUGUUAAAAAUGGUAUGGAUUUCUAAAGCUAGUGCCAUACAGCGCAAAGGCAGAGCGGGACGAUGUAGACCUGGAAUUUGUUUCCGUCUGUUUAGUAGACUCCGAUUUCAGAACAUGCUGGAAUUUCAGACUCCAGAACUCUUGAGAAUGCCAUUGCAGGAACUUUGUUUACAUACCAAGCUGCUAGCCCCAGUUAAUUGUACCAUUGCUGACUUCCUUAUGAAAGCCCCUGAACCACCUCCAGCUUUAAUUGUAAGAAACGCUGUUCAGAUGCUAAAGACAAUAGACGCAAUGGAUGCGUGGGAAGAUCUGACUGAACUUGGGUAUCAUUUGGCUGAUUUGCCAGUAGAACCACAUCUUGGUAAAAUGGUCCUGUGCGCUGUUGUUUUAAAGUGUCUGGAUCCCAUCCUUACCAUUGCCUGCACACUAGCUUAUCGCGACCCUUUUGUACUGCCUACCCAGGCCUCUCAGAAACGUGCAGCCAUGCUUUGUAGGAAGCGCUUCACUGCGGGGACUUUCAGUGACCACAUGGCACUUCUCAGAGCAUUCCAGGCAUGGCAGAAAGCACGGAGUGAUGGGUGGGAGCGAGCCUUUUGUGAAAAGAAUUUUCUUUCACAAGCUACAAUGGAAAUUAUUAUAGGCAUGAGGACACAGUUGCUUGGUCAGCUGAGAGCAUCAGGUUUUGUUAGAGCACGAGGUGGUGGUGACAUUCGAGAUGUUAACACAAACUCCGAGAACUGGGCUGUUGUGAAAGCUGCGUUGGUAGCAGGCAUGUAUCCUAAUUUAGUCCAUGUGGACAGAGAGAAUAUAGUAUUGACAGGGCCAAAGGAAAAAAAAGUACGGUUUCAUCCCACUUCAGUUCUCAGUCAGCCUCAAUAUAAAAAGAUCCCUCCAGCCAAUGGUCAGGCUGCAGCAAUUCAGGCAUUGCCCACGGAUUGGCUUAUUUAUGAUGAAAUGACCAGAGCCCAUAGAAUUGCUAAUAUCAGAUGUUGUUCAGCAGUGACACCUGUAACUGUACUGGUGUUCUGUGGCCCAGCGAGACUGGCAAGUAAUGCUCUUCAGGAACCUUCAUCCUUUAGAGCGGAUGGCAUCCCCAAUGACAGUAGUGACAGUGAAAUGGAGGACAGAACUACUGCUAACUUGGCUGCUUUGAAACUUGAUGAGUGGCUUCAUUUCAAACUAGAGCCAGAGGCUGCGAGUUUAUUGCUGCAGCUCAGACAGAAGUGGCAUAGCUUGUUUUUACGCCGAAUGAGAGCUCCAUCUAAACCUUGGUCUCAAGUCGAUGAAGCUACCAUACGGGCUAUUAUAGCUGUUUUAAGCACUGAAGAACAGUCUGCAGGUUUACAGCAGCCAUCUGGAAUUGGACAGAGGCCAAGACCCAUGUCUUCAGAAGAACUUCCUUUGGCUUCAUCUUGGAGAUCGAAUAAUAGUAGGAAAACUUCAGCUGACACUGAGUUUGCUGAUGGAUCUACGACUGCAGAAAGAGUACUGAUGAAAUCUCCAUCUCCAGCCUUACAUCCACCUCAGAAGUACAAAGAUAGAGGAAUUUUACAUCCUAAACGGAGUACUGAUGACCGAUCGGAUCAAUCAUCUGUGAAAUCCACAGACAGCAGCAGCUACCCAAGUCCCUGUGCUAGUCCCUCUCCUCCGUCCUCAGGGAAGGGCUCAAAGUCUCCUUCACCAAGACCAAACAUGCCUAUUCGUUACUUCAUAAUGAAGAGUAGCAAUUUGAGAAACCUUGAAAUUUCUCAACAGAAGGGUAUCUGGUCUACAACCCCUAGUAAUGAACGGAAGCUAAAUCGAGCAUUUUGGGAGAGCAGCAUGGUUUACUUGGUAUUUUCUGUUCAAGGAUCUGGACAUUUCCAGGGAUUUUCUAGGAUGUCUUCUGAGAUAGGAAGAGAGAAAAGCCAGGACUGGGGCUCUGCUGGACUCGGUGGAGUAUUUAAAGUGGAGUGGAUACGCAAAGAAAGCUUGCCCUUUCAGUUUGCACACCAUUUACUCAAUCCUUGGAAUGACAACAAAAAAGUACAGAUAAGCAGAGAUGGGCAGGAGCUAGAACCUCAGGUUGGUGAGCAGUUGCUCCAGUUAUGGGAACGCCUUCCAUUGGGAGAAAAGACCACAGCUGAUUGACAUUCAGGUUAUAUAAUAUUUGGCU